AUGAAGGUCUCAACUCUUCUCGCUCUCCUCCCCCUCGCCAUGGCCGCUCCCUCCAAGCGUUCCUUCCCGGCCCCUGUUCUCGUUCCCCGUGAUGCUCAGCUCGUUGAGGGCAAAUACAUCAUCAAGAUGAAGACCAACGCCGGUGGUGCUUCCGUCAACUCUGCCAUCUCCAGCAUCGCUGCUGAUGCCGACCACACUUACACCCACUCCUUCCACGGAUUUGCCGCCGCUCUUACUCCCCAGGAGCUUGAGAAGCUUCGUUCCGACCCUAAUGUCGACUUCAUUGAGCAGGAUGCCAUCAUGAAGAUCUCCGCCACUCAGGACAACGCUGACUGGGGUCUGGCUCGUCUCUCCAGCCAGAAGCCCGGUGGCAGCACUUACACCUACGACGACAGCGCCGGUGAGGGUACCUGCGCCUUUGUCGUUGACACUGGUGUCGAAGCUGAUCACCCCGAAUUCGAGGGCCGCGCCAAGUUCCUGAAGAACUUUGCUGGCGAUGGUCAGGACAGCGAUGGCAACGGCCACGGCACUCACGUUUCCGGAACUAUUGGUUCCAAGACCUACGGUGUCGCUAAGAAGACCAGCAUUUUCGGUGUCAAGGUUCUCGACGCCCAAGGCUCCGGCUCCAACUCUGGUGUCAUCGCUGGUAUGGACUUUGUCGCCAAGGAGGCCAAGAACCAGAACUGCCCCAAGGGCGUUGUCGUCAACAUGUCCCUCGGUGGCCAGAAGUCCGAUGCCGUCAACCAGGCCGCUCAGGGCAUCACUGGUGCCGGCCUCUUCCUUGCUGUCGCUGCCGGUAACGACGGCCAAGACGCUUCUGGCUACUCACCAGCUUCUGAGAAGUCCGCCUGCACUGUCGGUGCCACCACCAAGUCUGACGGUCUCGCCGAGUACUCCAACAUUGGCGCUAUCGUCGAUGUCCUCGCCCCUGGUUCUGACAUCGAGUCCACCUGGAUCGGCGGAAAGACUAACACCAUCUCUGGUACCUCCAUGGCCUCUCCCCACGUUGCCGGUAUUGGUGCCUACUUCCUUGGAAAGGGCGGCAAGGUCGACGGUCUCUGCGAGUUCAUCGCCCAGAACGGUGUCAAGGAUGCCAUCCAGGGCGUUCCCCAAGGCACUGUCAAUGUCCUGAUCAACAACGGCGAGGGCAAGAACUCAACCAACUUCCGAUACUAA